AUGCCCCCGACACUCAUUUUGAUCAGACAUGCCGAAGCUGAGCACAACGCAAGCGAGAACUACGACAUACAUGAUCCUCCAUUGACUACGGACGGGCUGCGGCAAUGCCGCGAGCUUUCCGAACACUUGCAGAAGAAAUGCCCAAUCGCCGACAAGGUGGAGCACAUCAUCACCAGUCCCAUGAGACGGACGCUGCAGACGACUCUCAAUGGGCUGGAUUGGCUGAUUGAGCGAGGAGUGAGAGUAGAGGUCGAUGCCAUGUGGCAGGAGAACUAUGAUGGCCCCUGCGACACAGGCAGCGCGCUGGACACGCUCGCCGCAGAGUUCCCCGCGCUCGACUUCUCCAAAGUCGACCCCGUCUACCCCGACAAAUCUCCCGGCACGCCAUACGCCUACGGGAGAAGCGCCAAUGCGGCGCGGGGCCAAGCGUGUCUCCGACGGCUUUACGCGCGACCGGAGCAGGCCAUUGCGGUGGUGGCGCAUUCAGGCUUCCUGCGCACGGCCAUCUCGAAGCGCAGGUAUCACUAUGCGGACUAUCGCAUAUUUACCUUUCGCCAGGAUCAUCAGAACGGGCUGUUGAGGCUUGUGGAGGAUGGGGUGACGGCGCGAAGGGGAGGGGGGUUGGGGAGGAGUCCGAAGGGGAGCUAUCCCGUGAAUGAAUGGGAUUUCCCGCCUGAGCGUGAUGAGGAUGCGGAGGUCGAGGCGGCGAUGAGGUGA